AUGCGGGAAGGGAUGGAUGAGUACAAAAUUUCGGCCCGGUAUAAGAGCAAACAUGAAGAGGCUCUGAGGCACGAAUUAGACAAGGCGUCUGAAAAAUUUAGGGCCUUAAGUAGGCGUCAAGGCCUUAGGGCUCCAUUCAGAGAGCAGGAUCGACCACGGAGAGGCGGAGGGAGGAAGAACCGCCGAUUGGAGCGCUUUCAAGGACCAGCUCGAGAUGCUAUGUGGAUCACUCGGCAAAGGGAGUGGCCAGUGCAGGUCAGGAUGCAAACAUAUGCUUAUUGA